GAUCAGCUGAUGGCUAGUUGAGUGGUUGCUAUUCACUCGAAUUUUAAGAUAUUUUCAUUUCUUAAAUUUAUUUAUACCUAUUUAUUAAGUGCAAUUUAGUUAUUUAAAUAGAAACACAAGUUAUUAUUAACUACUUUAUUUAACACAAACCUAAACGUGAAAAAAAUUACUGGAUCAUGGUGACCUAUGUUUCAAGUGUUUUCAAAAGCUAAUUUGUUUUCUAGCUUAUUACACAAAAAUAAAUAUAACAUUAACAAUAGCAGUUCUUUUGUGCAGAAGAAAUGCCUGGUAUUAGUAAUGAAUACAUUAAUGGCGUUGUUAAUAAUAUUGUAUCAGAAAAUAACCUAAAAGAAUGUCAGUUUUCGCAGCUAAAUUUCGAGAGUAUUGCCCAAAAUUAUUUUGGCGUUCUUAUUCCUUUAGUUUUAAACGGCAAAAAGAACAAUGAAGCUGUGUCACUACAUAUUGUUUUAAAAUUAGCUCCUACUGACGAACAAUAUCGUGUGAGUGGGGCUCUUACUCAAUUCUUUUCGCGUGAAAUAUUUGCCUAUUCCAUCAUAUUAAAGAAAUAUAACAUUCUGCAAAAGGGUUUCCCAAUAGAACUUCAAUAUUUAAUACCUCAGUGCUAUUAUGUUUGUAAGGAAUACUGCAAUGAGGCUAUAGCUAUGCAAAAUAUGAGUGUUAAUGGAUAUAAGCCAUAUACCAAUAAAAGGUACCUAGAUUUUGAUCAUGUUACAGUGUCAUUAAAAUCCUUGGCGAAAUUCCAUGCACUAUCAUUUAUUAUGAAGGAAAGAGAUAGAGAGCUCUAUGAAAAGUCUCUUAAAGUCUGCUUACCUUUGUCUGCAGCUAAUAACAAAAGGUUUAUGGACAUCUUACAAGAUAGAUUAGACAAAGCUUUAAUCAAACUUGAAAAUACCAAAUAUGUGCCUAUGUUAGAAACUUUAAAACAAAAUCUGAAUGAUAAUAUUGAGUCUGCAAGUAAUAAUGUGCAAAGAAUAUGUAUUUGCCAUGGAGAUAUUUGGAAGGAAAAUAUUCUUUAUAAAUAUGAGGACAACAGACCAAUAUCUGCAUGCCUUAUAGACUACCAAACGGUUCGGACAAUAAGUCCAGCUUACGAUGCCCUUUACCUCAUCAUCAGCAGUACCAAUUCAGAAUUACGGCACCAACAUUAUGGAGAAUUACUAACAGUGUAUUAUGAAAUGUUCGCUACUGUGUUAAAAGAAGCAGGGCUGAAUCCCGAUUUCUUGUACUCAAAAGACAUGUUUUAUUCUGAUUUGAAAACUGUUGGUCCAGCAUGCUUUAUAGUAGCUAAUACUGCUCUGUGGCUGUCAAACGGUCUCCAGAAAGAAGGUCAUGUGAGAAGUAAAACUCCUUGGAAUACAAAAGAAGAGGAAAUUGAUGCAGUUAAUAGUUAUAAGUUAGCAAUUGUAGGUAUAAUUGAGGAUUUUAUUAAAUAUGGUUACCUUUACCUGUAGUCACAUUUUAAAAUAGGCCUAAGAUAAGUAUAUUUUAUUUUAUAUAUUAUC